AUGAUAUGCAACCCAUGCCGUGAACCCCAGGCUUUCGGAGCUUUCCCGCGCGAUCCAGGCGUCUGGUGCCCCCGCUCCCAGGACCCCGCGCUACCCCGCAACGUGACGCCACCCGGACGGCGCCCGAUGCUCCUCCGGGAUAAGCAUAUCUGUAGCCGGCUGAUGUGCCCGACAUGGAUCUGGUUCUCAGUGUCAGCCUAUCUGCCAAAUCCUCCCACCGCUGAUUUGGAGUAUCACCCCCCACAAAGUCCCGGUGAUGCCGUCGGCGACAUGAGCCGAGAUAAGAUUAUGGGUUUACUGAUAGAUAAUACCCAAUUUCGUCGUAUGGCACGCUGCAUAGAUGAUAUUUCAUCAAAACCGCGCAGUCUUGGUACACACGAGAGUGAUACGUCGGCUUGGCUAGCGGAGUAUAAAGCAGCCAUGAAUCCAUCAAAAACCGCGGAGGAAUCACCUUCUCCAACAUCUUCCCAACUUGCAAAGUAG